AUGCCACUAUCUCCUCUGCUUCCUGGGAGCAAUAAGGGGGAUGGUAGAGGUGGUGGUGAGAGAGAGAGAGAGAGAGAGAGAGAGAGAGAGAGAGAGAGAGAGAGAGAGAGAGAGAGAGAGAGAGAGAGAGAGAGAGAGAGAGAGAGAGAGAGAGAGAGAGAGAGAGAUGGUGAGGGUGGUGCAAAAAUUGGCGGUGAGUAA